AUGAAGACAAACUUCUUCCUCAUCAUCGCUGCGGUUGCCGCCGGUGUGCUCGCCCACCCUGAAGCAAAUAUCGAGAACAACCUGGCCGCCCGAUCCGGCACCUGCCACAAGCCCAGCUCCUGCAGCAAGUUCUGGGCCGGCAAGUGCGAGCAGUACUGCGCGCCUUACAAGUUCUCCCAUAUGACCGAUGACGGUUGCCAUACGCUCGCCCAGAACAGAGCAAAGGUGGAAAAUGUCGGUGAUGUUGCCGACGAUAAAUGUUGGAGGAGGAUGGCUGAGGGUAUGGGGGAGACUUGA